AUGCUGGUCCCACUGCUGCGUCGUUUCAGAUUCCCUUACCCCCACAGAGGGGGCCAUUUUGUGUCCCAGUUUUCGACCGCACAGCGGUCUCGCGCACAAACCAACCGCGAUGUCAUCGCGCAAUUGCUGAGUCUCAUUGAUUCGAAACACCAGAUUCAACGCUAUCUUGAACGGUUUCACCCGUCUCAGGGUGAUGCUUUGGCCGCGCGUGGGCUUAUCCCUAUCGUUGUACAUGGUGAGCUUGGUCUAGAUUUAGAUCUAGACAUUGCUUCAGAUUCAACAAUAGAAGAGCCAAUCAAUCAGUCAAAUCAUCUACGCUGUAUCCGCACUACAAACCAUCUGCUCAGUGCGCUUCUCGAGCACCGGGAUGUUGAGACGCGACCGAUCUCCUCUGGAGUCUUUACGGCGGUCGCGAGAUCCGAUCGCGGAUUAUUUUCACAUGAGGCAAAUAUGACAGGCUUCAUCCCUGAAACCAUUGAGUCUGCUAUUCGUGCCAAAUCUGUACCGAUCGUGGCCACACUAGGCACUUCGUCCACAAACUCUCGCACAUAUGCGUUGGAUGCUCAUAAUGCCGCCAUUCAUCUAGCCCGCGUGCUACAGCCACCGCAUGUAGCGCCAUCUUUUCGAACAACUCGGGAUGUUCGGCAUGACCAGCGACGCGUUCGCCAUGCUAUUUCACUCAGGGAUUUCCCCUCAAAGGAGGCUCUCCGUCUCGCCUUCCAUCGCCACAUCCAUCCCGGCGCGGGUAUCAGUAUUGAUGCACUUAUGUCGCAGCUCGAAACAAGAGACUUCGCUGCUUAUUUUGAUCAUGACUCGGCCUCAUCAUCGCCUGAGCAAACAAUCCAUAACCUUGCGCUUGUUUUUCCUCGAGCAUCGUUUCCUUGGAAUUCUCCUCAUCUAGAUACUUGGGAUCCGAGCUCCGCUGCCACGUCUGUUGAGAAUGCUCAUCGUGAUCAAAAGUUUUCUGAGAUUGCUCUCUUCGCAAUUUCUCAGCCGGGUUGGCAAAACGGUGUCGCCGAGCAAUUCUGGAAUCGUAUUCGCGCAGAUCACGGCUCCCUUUGGGGCUCUUUGCCGAAUACCGAUCCGAGUUUGUCGUGGUGGCUUUCGCGAUCGUCCGGGGCUCUUAAGCGUCGACCGGAAAAGAGGGUAUACAUGUGGCAUGGGUUAGUUCCUUAG